CAACUCACUCGCCCUCGGCCUCUCUCUCACUCCCUCUCCCUCUCCCUCGCUCGCUCUGGCUCGUCCGCUGUCUUAAGGAUCCUGGGCAGAGCCCAUUCCUCUUACUCGAGGCUCUCUUGUAUGCGUCGUUGGCUGCUUCUGGGGCAUCGGGCGAGACACGCACGCGUGCAGUGGUAGGCAGUAACUCUCAUCUUGGCGCGAGAGACAGACGCAUGACUUCGUAGACGGAGAGGAAGCGACCUCCACGCAUAGAUUGGGAAGAUUUCGAUUGUGGUGAGCGGGUGGGUGGGUUCUGUUUUUUGGUUGGGCUCGAAGCCUUCUGGACUAAAAGCCUUGAGCAAUUGGGUCGAGUGCGGGAAUGUGCAUCGGUAUCGAUGCGCCCCAGCUCAGGCCGGAUCAUGUCGUCUCAUACAACCUUUCUCAUGACGUACCAUAUGUCCGAUUCGACGAGCAGCGCUAGGCUGCUAGUCUGCAAUGCUGUUGUGCUAGUUCCGGGUACAAAGAACCGACUUAUCGAUUGCAGCUUCUCUGGACGCCCAAACUGCAUGUGAAGAGACACUCUUCCGAGUCCAGGAUGGGGACUUCUGGCUGAAUUUUCAUUAGGAGGCGCGAGUAGGCUCCGCUGAGCCCUCUGCAAAGCGGACGGGAGACGGACGAGUUUGUUAAGCGCACAAUUUCGACUGCAGGCCUUCGGCCACUCCAAGCAAGACUGACCUGAUUCCAAGGUCUUUCACACCGAGCGUAUUCAGGUGGAGCUAUUGCAGCGGAUAGGCGUUGGGCACGAACGUGCAUGAGUUCCGAAGGUGCUUUGUUCAUAUUGGCAUGACUUUACUUCGAACCUGUGGGAAUUUACAAGCGGAUACCAACCAAGAUCAGGAUCGAGUAACUCGCCAUUACUUGUUCACAGUAUAAGACUUCAUCAGGCACUCGCUUUCCAAAGCACGGGAAGGUGCACGAUAGUGUCCUUGUGUUUGACAGAUUUCCAAUUGUAGAGAAACUUCCAGGUGAUUAGGGUAGAUUCGGGGAAGAACGCAGGACCUGACUGAUAUUUGCAAUCCAGGAUUUUCGUCUUCGACCGAUUUUUCUUAGUGGCUCACUUUUUCACAGAUACAGAAGCGUAGAAGUAAAUUAGGCUUAGGCGAUACACGUUCCGAAUACUGCUCUUUUUUCUGCUUCAAGGUUCGUUCUUCAAGGUGCCUAGACCAGAAUUUACUGUAGGUGUAGGAGAUUCAGACAGACCGAGACCGAUUUCAAGGGUAGUGUUGUCAUAAUCACAGCACUGUCACAGACGACCUGGUUGAAGCGUGAGCGGCGGGGUCGAUCUGUCCAGAGCUGUUUGAUUCAAAGCUUGUACCAGUAAGGGUCAGCUCCAUGAAAAUCAUGGAGUUCGAGAACAUCGAUGAUGAAAUGGAGGCUGUGAGGGAACAAUGUCGGAAGGUCCGACUGGCAAGGAUGCAAAGGAAGCAACUUGUGCGGCCUUCGAUACCGGUGAAUCUUCCUCAUCUGGAGGAUGAAGAAGAUGAAGAGAAGGUUGUGGAGGAUAUACGGGACGCUUGUCACGAGCUUUCGUUGAAGCGGGGGCCGACACUGCAGCAGCAGAUGGUCGCCCCCCCAUUCAAGUCUGUGGAAGAGAAAGUGCGAGCUAUCUCGAAAGUUUAUACCUAUAAUGUUACAGAAGAUCAACUUACAAAAAGAAAGGAGAAAAGAGCUACAGGGAGGAGAGUUAGUUUCAGUGAGCCGCUUGCCACCUAUAAGGAGUAUGUCGAGACGGUGGAAGAGCUAUAUCAUGAACCGAGUGAUGAGGAAGUGCAGUGAAGACUGUCAAUGUACACUAUAUCAAGUCAAUAAGCAAGUUUUGUGUAUUACGUUUACUUUU